GAAACAAACAGUCACUCAUCCUCUUUCUGUCUUUCACCCCCGCGUUCACGCCGGCCCAAACCCCAAAUCGCACGCGUCAUCCCAAUCCCAACCCAAUUACGACACGCCUGCCGCCGCCACGCCGCCCGAAAUCCGGAGGGGAAGCUCCUCGACGACGUAGCGGCCAGUGGCAGCUCGGACGAUGGCCUCGUCCAACUCCGCCGCCCCGGCUCCCGCCGACGGGGGCGACGACCUCGACCAGCUCCUCGACAGCGCGCUCGACGACUUCACCAACCUCGAUCUCUCUGCCUCUGCCGCCCCCAAAAGCUCCGGCGAGGCAUCGGGGUCAGGAUCGGGAGGCAAGGGGCCAGUGAAGGGGCUGGGGCUGGGGCUUCCGGACCCCAAGGCGCCGAAGCGGCGCGCGGGGAAGCAGCCGCCGCCGAGGGGCGCGUGCGCCAAAGAGGCGCUCGAGGAGCUGACGCGCGAGACGCGGGAGGCUGUGCGCGGUCUCGAGACGGCCACUGGGAGUGUCCCGUCACUGGACGAUGACGCCAUGAUGGAGGAGUUUGUCAAGCAGUUCCAGGAGUUCGCAGGGGCACAGGAUAUGGACUCCAUUGUUGAAACAAUGAUGCAGCAACUUCUGUCCAAGGAGAUUCUUCAUGAGCCCAUGAAGGACAUUGUAGAAAAGUAUCCAAAAUGGCUGGAAGAUAAUAAAGAUAAGAUAAGCAAAGAAGAAUAUGGGCGUUAUAAUAAUCAGCUUGAACUCAUGGUGAAGCUUAUUGAGGUCUAUGAAAAUGAUCCUGAGAACAUGACUAGGAUUUUUGACAUCAUGCAAAACAUGCAAGAAUGUGGUCAACCCCCCAGUGAUCUUGUCCAAGAUAUUGUACCUGAUCUGGAUCUAAGCAAGUUGGGACAACUGUGAGUUUUUCAUGUCUUUCAUGUCUCCUGAGAUGCUUGAAUCAGCUCCAAAUUGUUGCGUAAUGUGAGGACCAAAAGCAUUCCAUUUGGGAUUCGAAUUCCAUGAAGUUUUCUUUACCUGUACGAACCCCCCUUUCUGGCUUUAGUAGAUUGAAGAUAAUUUCCAUCUGGAUAAUCUGUAAAGCCUUGCAAAUAUAUAAUGAGUUCAAUGUUCUUUCUGGUUCUUGAAUGGAAUCUAUAUUCUUUCUGUUGAUGUACUGUAACACUCCCUUCCCUCUUAUACAAUGAGUACAUGCAUUGCCUUUCAAAA